GAAAUUGAACGAGGUAUACAAGCCACAGCAAGGUUUUUUGGUUUCAUCUUUUUUAUUUAAUUUCUCUAAAUAUAGUCGUUUUGCCAUGUAAUCGUUCUAUUUGUUAAAUAACUGUAAAGCAGAUGUAUAUCUAGAUAAAGAAAAGAAAAGGAAAAGAUAAAAAGAAGUAGGUGAAAAGUAAGCUAUACGUUCGAACGGCAGAAACGUACGAAGAACAGACAAUAAAUGCAUUAUCAUCGUGAUGAUAGCUUAUGCACGUUAGAUGGACGUGGCGUAGAUAUAUAUAUAGUCUAUAGUGUGACUCCUUUUCAUAUCAGUCCUUGUAUUAAUUUUUCAAACAACUAGUUUUCUACAAGAAUGAAUAUGUACGCUCUUUCAUCUCAUUCAUUUAUCAAAAAUCCCUAUAUCUAUCUCUUACCUGUAUUACUGCUGAAACAAUCGAAACCUGUUCUCGUCUCCUUCAACAGAAUCACGAACACCAUCACGUGUUCUUUAAUAGUGAAGGUGGUUUUCACAAUCAUAUCACACAUCAUCUUCUAGUUGCCUUAGGCCUUGGUGCUUCAUCUCAAACAUUGGAACGUAUCUAUAAACAACAGAAGAAAAGGCAACAGUCCAUACGUCCACUUCACGAUAGAAGAGACUUCGACGUGAAGAAAUGUUUAGGUGAUGAAAAUUACUACCAUGACUAUUUGGAAUUCUUUAGAAAAGAACUGGAAAAUGAGAAGUAUCAGGGGAAAAUUGAAGAUUUAAUUGAAGAUUAUUUAUUCAACAAAGAUUAUCUCGUUCUCGUAUUAGGUGGUGCCUAUCAUUCAUUUAUUCACCUCGGGUAUGCCUUGGAAUUUCAAUCGAAAGUAAUGACAGUUGAAGGGUUGGCAAUGGCAUCAACUGAUCGAGCAAGUGUCAGAGACGUCUUAGAACAUUUGAAGUGUGACCAAAACAAAGAUGGCGAUAAAACAGCCUUGGACAUUAUUAAAUUGAUUGCCGAAGAUCAACGUUUCGACGAGAAGAUUUUCUACAACGAUGAAGAAGGCAAAACAGAUAAAUUAUUGGAACGAGAUGGUGGCCCUUUGAUUGCAGAGUAUGCUCAAAUGUGGAAAUCUGAUUUAGAUGAUCUGAGAAGAGUCGGUGUUUUGGUGAAUGCAGCUGUCAUACGGCCAAAGAAAGCACUUCGUCUCGAUUUCUUCCUGAUGCAUGCAACAACGAGUUGUCUGUUCUUGGACAUCUUCAUUCAUUCAUUGAAAAAGAAAGAAAAUCAAUUGAAAAUCUUGAGAGCCAAAUUUGCAGUUGAUCUCCUUUACUAUGUUGCACGUGGACGACCAAAGUUAGAACUGAAUUAUUUACUCAACGAAUAUCAACCAUCGAAAGAACAUUUGUAUCCCGAUGCACAAAAUCCAUGGCUACCUCUCGUUGAAAAAUGUUUAACACAUCCAGAUGAACAUAUACCAAAGACAGUAAGAGCACUGAUCUAUGCUGAAAAAUUUGAUAGUGCACAAGAGAAAGAUAAAUUGCCCUAUUUGAAAAUUGCACAAAUGACAAUGGAUGCUCUCUUUCCAGUUGGUAAAAAAGAUUGGGUUCAUGAAGGAAUUGGUUGGGAUGAAUAUUGGAAGACGGUGGAAGAUUUGUAA